AUGAGUGUAUCGAGUGAAGAACUGAAUUAUAUGAUAUGGAGAUACAUGCAAGAGAUGGGUCAAGAACUUUCUGCCCUUGCAAUGCAAGAAGAAACCCGAGUUCUGGAAUUUGACCAACGUUAUAAAGAACAUAUCCCAAUUGGGCAACUUGUUGACUUGGUUCAGAAGGGUAUUCUGUAUACUGAGAGCCAACUGUUGACAUCAAAUGUUGAGGAAUUGGAGAAAUCAAGUUUUAAAGAACGUCAAGAAUAUUUUAAUGAAAAAUUCAAUUUAGCUAAUGCAUUAAAGAUUAACGCACAAGAAACUCCAGCGAUUAAAUCUACUGGUAGAUUUUCUUUAGAGAAUGAGUCAGAAGAAAAAAUCACUGACGAAGAAGUUCAACAGUCGUUAAAUGAGACAAUUUACGUCAAACAAAAUACAAAUGGAGAUACAAACUCAGUGCCGUCAAAUGGUACUCCUACUGUUACAACAACUGUGAAUGAAACAAUUGUUGCUCCAGUUAGUAUAUCGGGUUAUAAUUUACCUUCUAUUAAUGUGGGAGGUAUGAAUGGUUCAAGUUCAAUAGAUGAAAUAAGUCAAUUAUAUGAAUUUAAUACUCCUAUUGUUACUUGUGAAUGGCAUCCGACUAAUCCAUUGUUAUUAUGUUUGGGACAAGAAGAUUCGGUGGCUCAAUUGAUUACGUUUAAUGAGACACAUGAUACAGUGAAAAUUACGCAAGAAUUAAGACAUCCGUUUGCGUUAAGUUCAACUUCGGGGAAGAGUACCAAUAAAGUUACUUGUUUAACAUGGUCACCCGAUGGUCAAAUGGUAGUAACUGGUGUAGAAAAUGGUGAAAUCAGAUUAUGGAAUCAAGAAGGUCAACUACAAAAUGUAUUUAAUUUCCAUAGAUGUCCCGUCAUUUGUAUGUCCUGGAGUCUUGAUUCUCAUCAUUUUGUUAGUAUGGAUGUUGAUAAUGUUGCCAUUCUUUGGGAUGUUGGUUCAGGGACCGUUUUACAACAUUACGAAUUAAAAUCCACAGUAUCUGGGAACCCAGAAUCUAUUGGUGUAGCCAUUGAAUGGGUUGAUGAACGAAGAUUUGUUUUACCAGGAAUUGGAGGCACUAUAGGCGUUUAUGAGACUACAGAGAGUAAACCUGUUGGGAAAUUAAUGGGUCACCAGGGAGUCAUCAGUUGUUUAACUUUCCACCCUACAAAGAAAUUACUAGCGUCAGCAUCAGACGAUUUUACUAUUCGUGUAUGGCAUGGAAGUAAUAGUAAUUCCACUCAUUGUUUCUAUGGACAUACACAAGCAAUUACUUCACUACAAUGGAUUAACGAUGAUCUGUUGAUUAGUGGUUCAAUGGAUGGUUCUGUCCGCAUAUGGUCAGUCUCUGAGAAUCUAAUGCAAGGUUUAUUAAUGUUAGAAGGUGUACCUGUAUUUGUUGGUAAACUUACUCAUGAUAGAAAUCGUUACAUGAUAGGUACUAUGAAUGGACAAAUCUAUGUUGCUGGUAUAUCCGAAUUUAUCGAUAAUUCAAGAGAUUCAAAGAAUGAUUUACAACUUCCAUUAACAAUUCCAGUGAUAUCAAGAGAUGGCCACCAACAAACCAACAACAAAGGUAGCGUCAACGAUCUUUCAUGGUCAAUAGACGGACACACGAUAGCAGCAGGUUACGCUAGCGGACCAGGUACAUUGCUGACCACACCCUUGUCCAAAUGA